UCAAACUGAGAGGUAGAAGGAGAGGUAGAAGGAUCGAAAUAUGGCAGCCUCAUGUGAAGGGCUCAAUGUUAAAUAGCCACGCCGUUUGUCCUCUGUGAAUUCCGGCUGGACUGUAAAGCGCCUGCAUUUACACUGCAGGGUGUUCUACAAUCUGACUAUACAUAAGAGGUUAAAAUGUUGGGAGCGGUGGCUCGGAGCCGGGCUCCUGUAGUUCGCCUCCUGUCUCCUCAGGCUGCUGUCCUGGUGGAGACUGUACGGGGGAGAAAGUCUCGAACCGACCCGAAAGCGAAAUCCAAAGCUGGGCGAAUCAAGACCCCUCCUCCAGUCGACCCGGUGGAGAUGGUGGUGCUGAAGGAGCGGUUCGCUGAAUACAACCUGAUCAUGAGAGCGCUUCGGAUGGAGUUUAAAGAGGAGAUGUUGCGUAAGCGAUAUGAGGAAGAGACUGGUUCUUUGGCAGAGGAGAGAGCCAAGCAGGAGGCUGAAGAACACAGAUCGUUAAUGGCCUGGAAUGAAGCAGAAAACCUCAGACUGCGCAAAAUCCGUGAGCUACGUGUGCAGAAAGAGACUGAAGCUGCUGAACAGAAGAGGAGAGAGAUAACAAUGUUACGCCAGCAGGAGCUGGAGGACUAUAUCAAAGAAAAAGAGAAAGAGAUUCUGCAGCUACAGGAAGAGGCAAAGAACUUUAUCACACUGGAAAAUUUGGAUCAGCGGAUUGAGGAGGCGCUGGACAACCCGAAAAACUACAACUUUGCUAUAGAUAAAGAGGGACGGAAGGUCAAACGGACUGUGCUGCAAUAGAGGAUCCAGACCAAAACAUUAGGAUUUAAAAGACUGAAAAUCAUGCAUGUCUAAUUACAGCUGCUGAAAAUGGCACUUGGUUGACAUUUCAGUGACAUCCUUUGUGGAUGUGAUACAUUUCAUUUUCAGAAUGAAAUGUUAAGUUGUUUUUUGUUUCAGGACAUUGUCCUUGCUGUCUGAAUGAUUUUUCCUAUUAAUUCUACAAUGAAAACUAUGUGGGUAUCAUUAAACAUUUAAUUGUCCGUUUUCA